AUGACGCAAAUCCUGACUUCACCCUCAGAGCAUCAUGAUUCUGUGCACCAUUCCACACAGUGGGUGACAUUACGGCACACCUCUGGCGCUCCAUCUACACGAUGCAACGCCGAAGAAGCACCAUAUAGCCACAAGGAACCUCUUGCUCUGGUCUUUGCCCAGGAGUCCUCUGCAGCCACCGACUCCCUCCUUCUGGUUUGUCGAGUCCUUGGUUUCUAUCCACACCAGAUCAACAUCUCUUGGCUGUUGGAUGAGAAGGCCUUGCCCAGUUCAAGGAUCAACUCCAUCGCCAUCUUGCCUAACUACAACCUGACCUACCAGAUCCAGAGUUCUUCGACUAUUAGGUCAGCAGAUACUUCAUAUAUUUCUGCUUGCAGUGUGCAACACAGCAACCUAGGCAAGAGAAGUCUUGUCAUCCUGUGGGAUCAUCAUAAUAUAUUGGCAAUUGUUAUGAUUUCUGCAGUGUUUUUAUUGGGAGCCUGA